AUUAGUUCAAGAGGAACCACACAGAGGCAAAAGCUCAAGACAAAGGGAAUUACUCGAGGAGACUCUGCGGAGAUCCUUCAACAAUCUUUGAGAAACAGAGAGAUUAUCAUUGAAAGAACUCUAAAACAACAAGCAAGAUGUCAGCUAAAGGAAUAUCUAUUGGCAUUGAUCUGGGCACCACCUAUUCUUGUGUCGGGGUUUUCCAGCAUGGCAAAGUGGAGAUAAUCGCCAACGACCAGGGAAACAGAACCACUCCCAGCUAUGUGGCCUUUACUGACACAGAGAGGCUCAUUGGAGAUGCUGCCAAGAAUCAGGUUGCCAUGAACCCCGCCAACACAAUCUUUGAUGCCAAGCGGCUCAUCGGGAGAAAGUUUACCGACCCUGUUGUCCAGUCUGACAUGAAGCUCUGGCCCUUCAAAGUGAUCAGUGAUAGCGGAAAACCCAAAGUCCAAGUUGAGUAUAAAGGGGAGACCAAAGCCUUCUACCCAGAAGAAAUCUCCUCCAUGGUCCUGGUUAAAAUGAAGGAGAUCGCUGAAGCCUACCUGGGACAAAAAGUGUCAAACGCAGUCAUCACAGUUCCAGCGUAUUUUAACGACUCCCAGAGGCAAGCCACCAAGGACGCUGGGGUGAUCUCUGGACUGAAUGUUCUGAGGAUCAUCAAUGAACCCACAGCAGCAGCCAUCGCCUACGGCCUGGAUAAAGGUAAAAGAGGGGAGCGCAACGUGCUCAUCUUUGAUCUCGGUGGAGGCACCUUUGACGUGUCCAUCCUGACCAUUGAAGAUGGCAUCUUUGAAGUGAAAUCCACUGCAGGCGACACACAUCUUGGUGGGGAGGACUUUGACAACCGGAUGGUCAACCACUUUGUAGAGGAAUUUAAAAGAAAACACAAGAAGGACAUCAGCCAAAAUAAGAGAGCAGUGAGGAGGCUGCGCACUGCUUGUGAAAGAGCAAAGAGGACCCUGUCCUCCAGCACCCAGGCUAGCCUUGAGAUUGACUCUCUGUUUGAGGGUAUCGACUUCUACACCUCAAUCACAAGGGCACGCUUUGAGGAGCUCAACUCAGAGCUCUUCAGGGGAACACUGGAUCCAGUUGAGAAGUCUCUGCAAGAUGCCAAGCUGGAUAAGUCCAAGAUCCAUGAAAUUGUCCUGGUUGGUGGCUCCACAAGAAUUCCCAAAAUCCAGAAGCUCUUGCAGGACUUUUUUAAUGGCAGAGAAUUGAACAAGAGCAUCAACCCAGAUGAAGCUGUGGCCUAUGGUGCAGCAGUCCAGGCUGCUAUCCUGAUGGGUGACACUUCAGAAAAUGUCCAAGAUUUGCUACUGCUGGAUGUGGCUCCUCUGUCUCUGGGCAUUGAGACUGCGGGUGGAGUUAUGACACCUUUAAUCAAACGAAACACCACCAUCCCCACCAAGCAGACCCAGAUCUUCUCUACAUAUUCAGAUAACCAGCCAGGUGUGCUGAUUCAGGUGUAUGAGGGUGAGAGAGCCAUGACCAAGGACAACAACCUCCUUGGCAAGUUUGAGCUCACAGGUAUCCCUCCUGCUCCCCGAGGUGUCCCACAGGUGGAGGUAACCUUCGACAUUGAUGCCAAUGGAAUUCUGAAUGUGUCCGCUGUCGACAAAAGCACUGGCAAAGAAAACAAAAUCACCAUCACCAAUGACAAGGGCCGACUUAGCAAAGAGGAGAUAGAGCGCAUGGUACAGGACUCUGAAAAGUACAAGGCUGAUGAUGACAUACAGAGGGAGAAGAUUGCAGCAAAGAACUCACUGGAGUCAUACGCCUACCACAUGAAGAGCAGCGUUGAGGAUGAGAACAUGAAAGGAAAGAUUAGCGAGGAGGAUAAAAAGGUGGUCAUUGACAAGUGCAAGCAAACGAUCUCCUGGCUGGAGAACAACCAGCUGGCAGAGAAGGAGGAGUAUGAACAUCAACAGAAUGAACUAGAGAAGGUGUGCAAGCCGAUUGUGACCAAGUUGUACCAGGGAGGAGCACCAUCAGGAGGAUGUGGCAGCCAGGCAGGAGGCAGCUCCAAGGGCCCCACUAUUGAGGAAGUUGACUAAAACCAGAGGCAUCAGCAUUUUGUUUACAGAAAUACUCUGACCAUAUCGCUGUUGUUUGAUACCAAAAAUGAAGUAAUUUGACUGUUUCUUCUUCGCAUGUCUUAAUAAAAAUUCUUUGAACAAUAAAA